AUGCCUGAGAACCAGAGCUGCAUGUCUGUGUUCCUCCUACUACUGGUCCCCAUACAGUCUGAGUAACAGGGCUUGUUCUUCAUCCUGUUACUGGGCAUGUACUUGACCAUGGUGCUGGAGAACCUGCUCAUCAUUCUGCUCAUCUGGCUGGACUCUCGCCUCUACACCCCUAUGUUAUUCUUCCUCAGCCACCUGGCCUUCACUGAUGACUCUUUCUCAUCUGUCACUGUCCCAAAAAUGUUGAUGGACAUGCAUUCUAAUCACAAGUCCAUCCCCUUCAUAAUGUGUAUUUCCCAGAUCUAUUUUUUCAUAUUGUUUGGUUGUCUUGACAAUUUCCUUCUUGCAGUGAUGGCAUAUGACAGGUAUGUAGCCAUCUGUCAGCCACGCCACUACACCACUAUCAUGAGGCAGGAGUUGUGUUUCUCAUUAGUACAUGGGUCUUGGUUUUUCAGCUGUGCACAUGCCCUGUUUCACAGCCUCCUCUUGAAGAGCACUAUGAGGCCCGAGAACCAGAGCAACAUGCCUGAGUUCCUCCUCCUGGGGAUCCCCAUCCCACCAGAGCAGCAGGGCUUGUUCUUCAACUUAUUCCUAGGGAUGUACCUGACCACAAUGCUGGGGAACCUGCUCAUUAUCCUGCUCAUCAGGCUGGACUAUCGCCUCCACACUCCCAUGUACUUCUUCCUCAGCCACUUGGCCUUCUCUGACAUUUCUCUUUCAUCUGUCAUGGUUCCAAAGAUGCUCAUGAACAUGCAGACUCAGCAACAAUCCAUCCCCUAUGUGGGAUGCAUUUGUCAGUUGUAUUUUUUCAUAGUUUUUGGUUGUCUUGACAAUUUCCUUCUUGCAGUGAUGGCAUAUGACAGGUAUGUGGCCAUCUGUCAGCCACUCCACUACACAACUGUUAUGAGGCAGGAUCUGUGUGUCUCAUUAGUAGCUGGGUCCUGGUUCUUCAGCUGUGCACAUGCACUUUUGCACACCCUCCUCUUGGUCCCAGCAUCUUUCUGUGCUGACAAUACUAUCCCCCACUUCUUCUGUGAACUAACUGUGCUCUUGAAGAUGAGCUGCUCAGAUAUAUCCCUCAAUGAGCUGCUCAUCUUUACUGAGGGAGCAAUGGUUGUCGUCUUGCCUUUGAUUAGUAUCUUGGGCUCAUAUAUCCAUAUAGGGACCACCAUCUUAAGGGUCCCCUCCAUGAAGAGACUAUUUAAAGCCUUUUCUACCUGUGGCUGCCAUCUCUUUGUGGUAUCUUUAUACUAUGGGACACUUGUAGGUGUUUACUUUUUCUCCUCAUCAUGGGGCUCCAAUGGCAAAAACAUUAUUGCUUCAGUCAUGUAUACAGUAGUUACCCCUAUGCUGAACCCCUUCAUCUAUAGCUUGAGGAACAGAGAUAUAAAACAGGCCCUAGAAAUAUUAGUCAAUAGGGCUAACUUCUUUAAGCGACAAUUGCUAAUUCUUAUUAUUGCAGCCAUGAGCCCAGUAAGAUGUAUCUGCUAA